CUCGCCGACAGAGCUUGUUUUGGAGGAAGUGAGCGCAGCUCGGCUAGCAGCUAGCGCGUUAGCUUGACAGGAAAAGCAAGCGUCAACGGGAACGGGACGGAGCGGUCAGACGAUCAGACGAAGGGAGGCAUAGAUCUGCCGUGGCAGCGCCGAUUUUGAUGAGUAGAGUUAGCUGCGAGGCUUGCUGUCGGUGACUGUUUUGCCGUCGACGCUCUGGACGUGUCGCUUUCUCACGGCAGACGUUUAUAGGUGGCGUUAGCCUGCUAGCUAGCCUGCGCGUUAGCUGACGCUUCCAGCCGAGGCGGAGGAAAAGUCCACUUUUGAUAUUUUUUACCGCAGGAUCGUCACCCAGCUGUUGGGACAAUGACGUCAAGGAAGAAAGUACUACUCAAAGUCAUCAUCCUCGGAGACUCCGGAGUUGGCAAGACCUCAUUGAUGAACCAGUAUGUGAAUAAGAAGUUCAGUAACCAGUACAAAGCCACAAUAGGCGCUGAUUUCCUGACGAAAGAAGUCAUGGUGGAUGACAGACUUGUCACAAUGCAGAUUUGGGACACAGCAGGUCAGGAGAGGUUCCAGUCCUUAGGCGUAGCUUUCUACCGCGGAGCAGACUGCUGCGUCUUGGUGUUUGAUGUGACAGCACCCAACACCUUCAAGACUCUGGACAGUUGGAGGGACGAGUUCUUGAUCCAGGCCAGCCCUCGAGACCCAGAGAAUUUCCCCUUUGUGGUGUUGGGCAACAAGAUCGACCUGGAGAACAGACAGGUAACAACCAAGCGAGCACAGGCUUGGUGUCAGAGCAAGAACAACAUCCCCUAUUUUGAAACCAGCGCCAAGGAGGCAAUCAACGUGGAGCAGGCCUUCCAGACUAUUGCACGCAAUGCCCUUAAACAGGAGACCGAAGUGGAGUUGUACAACGAGUUCCCUGAGCCGAUAAAGCUGGACAGGAACGAGCGAGCCAAGCCGUCAGCGGAGACCUGCAGCUGCUGAGGACGCUGAACAUCUUUAGGGGGGGGUUGUCACCGCCCUCACUACCCUGUCUUGCCUUGUCUAUAUAUCCCUUUUCCCAUGGCCCACUGUGUUAAUCCCUAAUGCCCAACAUAAAAGCAGCAACCCACUCAUAAGAGUAUACUACUACACACAGACAUGAUGCACUCACCUCCUUAUGUAUACAAAACACACAUUUUCUAUAAAAUAUGAGUCUCCAAGCCCAAAGAACACCUAAAGGAAACAUUAUGGAAUUUACUUGUAUGAUGCUUAUUACUUCCCAGUGUUUCCACAUGUACUUUUUCAUGGCGGUGGUGGUUUGGGCUAAUCCCAUUUUCAGUUCCACGUAUAUUGCUGCUUUCACACCCAGUUUUGGUUCUAACUGCUUUUAUUUGGAUACUCUAAGUGGAAAAUCAAAUCAUUAUCUCUAUACAUGUUUGUGUUGAUGAGUAAAGUUAGAAAACUAAUGUUUUUUCGUUUUGUUUCUUUUUAAUGAAAGUUUCUUUAGCAGUGGUGGUGGUGGUUUUUCUUACUUUCAUGGCCCACCACUGCUGCAUGAAUAGAGGAAACACUGCCCCCCCCCCCUCCCGUUUUACUCAUUUGUGUUGUGGCUUCAAUUAGUUUGGCUCUCUCAGAAACACUUGUUAUCACAGUUUCACUUUACCUCAUGCAAACAAAAAAAAACUCCCAUCAAACAGGGAGUGAGAACUGAAGGAUCAGAAGAUGUGAUGGUGCAUGGCAUGGAUCACAAUAAUAUGCUGCCUGCUGAUUCUCGUUAAUUGGCACAGAAUUGAAAAUCCAGUCCAUCAGACAAGUGUGUACAGAUCUUGUUUUUUUGUUUUUUAGGGCACUUUGCUGUCGUCCAUAAUAGUGAAAGACUUGUUCAGACAUGUCAUUCUGGAGCCACAAUAAACGCAAUGGUAGCUCAGGUUGAGGACAUUGUGUGAAUCCAGACUCGACUCCUUGAUGUAAGUGCUGUCUCUAACACGGUAUUUGCUGUUUCUCUAUC